AUGUUCCACAGGGCCGAAUGCCAGAAAGGCAAUUUCCUGGAGCAGACUAAAGCUGCCAGAGAAGAAAGGGCUUUGGAGAAGAGGAAGGAUGAGGCUGCUAUCAAAAUCCAGGCCUUGGUUAGAGGAUGGCUGGUCAAGAAAAAAUUUACCAACAGAAUUAUCUCUGAAUACGAUGAGUUUAUACCAGAGAUCCAUGAGGAUGGCUCCCAGAAGGUGGCUUAUAAAUCUGCAGUGCAAGUAUAUCAUGUCUCAUAUAGAUUCAUGAUGGUGUGGAAUGCAGAGAGAGAUUCCGAAAGGUUGGUCAAGCUAUGCAGAUAUCUGGUGGCCAGUUUAGAGCAUAACUCACCAAAAUUCAGUUAUGUUGGGGUGGCUUUGAACAAGGAUUAUGUUCUUCGAUGGAUUUCACAUAUGAACAACAUUCUGUGGAAAUGCUGUGAAUGUUUGGAGGAAUUGAGGCCAGAAUAUCCUAGUGACAUGAAGACAAUCUUAGUCUUUUUGCAUACACUUGUUUCAUACACAAGUAGCAAUACUUGGGUGGUGCUGAAGAAUAAGAAUAUGGAGAAACUGGGACCUGGCAUGAAUCAACUUUGUGCAAACCUCAUGGGAAAUUUGUUUCAUAGAAGAUUUUAUAUUAUUUUGAAGAGUUUGCUUCUUAAAGGACUUGGAAGGAAUAAGAUCACCUUCAAGAACGUGUCUUUAACGGCAAUCUUGACUUUAUCGUUGAGACCGUUGAUUUCCGCGAAUUUCUCGGAUAAAUUAAUGACGAUGUUUCUGAUUCACAUCCUUUCUGUGCCUGGCUUAAUCCAGCACUUGAACACCUUAGCACCAGAGGUAGUAACGACACUUUCAUCUCACAAUAUUUUUGCUAAAAGCUUGGAGCUAUUGUCCAGCCAACAAUCCAUGCGGAUCGUCUUCAAUACGCUUGAAGGAAACUACGCGUUAUGCCUGAUGGCAAACCUUCUGCAGCUUGGUUCCAUUUGCAAAGAUUCGAUGUUAGCCGAAUUGAGCUUUCCCACAUUCACAGUCGUGAUGACUGGUUUAUUGGAGAGUUGUCAAAAUUACGUGGUUAAUAAACAAUCCAAUUUAACCCAUUGGCAUCCUGUGCUGGGUUGGUUUGCCCAACCCAUGGAUCCUGCUUUACAUGCAGCUAUGCCGCAUGUUAAAGUCCAAUUACACAUCUUGUGGAGUUCCCAAAUCAUAUCAAUUCUUUUAGGUGAUUUCUUGAGCGGAAUGGUUAAAGGCGUGGAAGCACCAAAGGCAAGCACAAGUCCAAGCCACAAUUCCACUGCGAACUUCUUGAAAAAAGCAUUGGAAUCACGUAGCAACAAGACGAAUUCGAUUAAAACGUAUAGGACUUUAGGCAGUCCUGAUGUGCACAGGGUCGUGCUCAUAUGUUCCAUGUAUCACACAGCUUUAAAUACUUUGAAUCAACUCAAAUUGGACAUUCUAACAGGUCUUUGUUAUCAGGGUGGAGUUCUGUACAACCUGUGGCUUUUCCUCUGUUCGCUCGGACCAAACUGCGGCUUGAAGACAUUCCUCGAUCAUCUGGCCUUUAACACGAAGUGCACGGCUCCCGAAUUCCAAAUGCUCCAACUCAUAGCCGACUGUAUGACCCACUAUGUUACGAUCCUCGACGACAUGGAGAUGUACGAGCACCAAGAUCCGUUCAAGAUCAACGACUUUAUCGUCAUGUCGAAUUUCCUCAAUGUCUUUCUGCAUAAAGCGGUGCUGGGAAAUCUGUUUGAUUUAAAGACAAUACAGUCGAAUACUCUCGUUCAAUCGCUUCACACACUGCUGAUGGCUCUGUAUCGUCGGGAUUGCCGCAGGAAUUACGCUCCGCAAGGGCAUUGGUUGCUGAAGGACGUGCGAAUCAGCGCGUUCAUGAUGGACCUGGAGAAGGGAAAGAGGGCGCCUCAACUUCUUCUGCAAACUAUGCCGCACAUUAUUCCGCACGAGGAUAGGGUUCGACUGUUUCGGAAGUAUAUUACCAACGAAAAGACAGUCUUAGGUUUAACGGAAUCGGCUUGCGCCUCACCACAAUCCACCCUGAUCACCGUCCACAGAUCGAGAAUCGUUGAGGAUGGUUACAGACAACUGGCCAUGCUUCCGCCGCAAGCCUUAAAAGGUGUAAUUCGCGUCAGGUUCAUCAAUGAGCAAGGCUUAGAUGAGGCCGGAAUCGAUCAGGAUGGCGUCUUCAAAGAGUUUUUAGAGGAGAGCAUUAAGAGAGUGUUCGAUCCGUUUUUGAAUCUGUUCAAAGCCACCAGCGAAGAGCGUCUGUAUCCAUCACCAACUUCGUACAUGCAGGACAAUCACUUGCAGCUCUUUGAAUUUGUGGGAAGGAUGCUGGGAAAAGCGGUUUACGAGGGAAUAGUUGUAGAUGUUCCAUUUGCCAGCUUCUUCCUCAGCCAGGUGUUGGGGCAGACCGCCCAGGCGCUUUACAGCUGCGUGGAUGAGCUACCAUCAUUAGACGCUGAAGUCUAUAGAAGUUUGAGUUACGUUAAGCACUACAAGGGAGAUGUUUCCGAAUUGGAUUUGACCUUCAGCAUCGACGAGAACAAUAUGGGUAGACUUGUUACCCACGAAUUGAUACCGGGUGGUAAGGCGAUACCUGUCACCAACGAGAACAAGAUCAACUACAUCCAUCUGGUCGCUCAUUUCCGGAUGCACGUGCAGAUCAAGGACCAGACAUCAGCUUUCAUACGCGGUUUCCGAUCCAUCAUCAAUCCCGACUGGCUUUCAAUGUUCUCAACACCCGAAUUGCAGAGAUUGAUAUCCGGUGAUAACGUUCCGCUCGAUCUGCGGGACCUGCGGAAAAACACCCAGUAUUACGGCGGUUUCCACGAUUCCCAUCGCGUGAUCGGUUGGCUUUGGGAUAUUCUGGACAAGGAUUUUACAGAAGAUGAAAAGGCAAUGUUCCUUAAAUUUGUUACGAGCUGUUCGAAGCCACCUCUUUUGGGUUUUGCACAUUUGGAGCCGCCAUUCUCUAUCCGCUGCGUGGAAGUCGGAGAUGAUGAGGAUACAGGAGACACAAUAGGUAGCGUGAUCCGAGGAUUCUUCACCAUCCGAAAACGGGAUCCGCUGAACAGGCUGCCAACAUCUUCGACUUGCUUCAAUCUGUUAAAGCUGCCCAAUUACCAGAAGAAAAGCACUCUGAGGGAGAAGCUUAGGUACGCGGUUACCUGCAAUACAGGUUUCGAGUUGUCCUAAAUUGUUCCUUUCAAUAUUUUCGGUUUUUUUUUGUGAAAAAAAGGAAAAGGAGCAAGUAGAGAGAAAAAGAAAAAAGCGUUUAAUUUUUCCGGUUAUUUGGAUGUUAUAUUUAUUGUACAUAGGAGUAAACACUAUUUGGUGAAUUGAAUGUUUGUGCCUGUUUAGAAGGGAGUGUAGGCAAUGGAAAAUGUAUAUCAUUUUGAGGUAUAUCAAUGCGAAUAUGAUGAGAUUUAUUUAUAUACAUAUAUUUAGAUGUAUUUUUCCCGUGUUGCCUUCGUGUAAUUUAAUAUUGAGGUGUACGCCGUGCAAGAGUGUGAAUGAGAUGUUGAUAUAUUAUGGUUACGGC